GCCUCCGGUUGUGGUGAUCGGGAAGAAAACUAGCCUGGGGCUCUCUCUGACCCAAGGGUGUGGAUGCAGCCUCCCCCCACAAGCUGCGCGGAGACAUAAAGAGCCCCAGGCUCCGAAGGGGCUUCCCAGCCCUGCUGCAGGCCGUUCUGUCGGGGGAAGCUGCUAGUAUUAUGGGGGCGGCGGCCCGAUAGAGCUCCCUCCGCCCCGGGAAUGCUGGGAGCAGCGUGCUCCCCAGUAGAGACCUACCGAGGUCUGAUCCGCGGUUCGAGGAAGGGAGCGGGGCUUUUUCACAGAGCCUGUCGCCCACGUCCCCUCAUUCCGUUACCCCGCUGGGCACCGACUGUAUGAUUCAUAUCUGCCCCCCCCCAAGUCUGUGCUGUCGCGUAAAGCCAGUGUGUAAAGGAGAGUGUCAAGGGUUAUUUUUCCAUGUUGCACGGUAAUCUGUGCAUUCAUGUGUGCAGAGCCUAGUGAAUUUGUGGUUACUUGAGUUCUUGCUCUGUGGGCCUGGUGUGAUUCUGUUGUUAGAUGUGCGUUUCUCAUCCAUCAGCGUGGAGGAUGUUGUUGGCAUAAAGAAGAAAAAUCCCACCACAUGCUGAGAAUUUCACCGCCAGACUGGGGAAUUAAUCUUUGCUGCUUAUUUUCAGCAAGAUAUUAACAGUUUUAAUGGCCAGGAUGACACAAGUGACCUUGUGGUCUCUGACCUUCCUCCUGCUGGCCUGUCUUCCAUCAGAAACAGAUGCUCUGGCUGUCAUGUCUGUGGACCUGGGCAGUGAGUCAAUGAAGAUAGCUAUCGUAAAACCUGGGGUGCCCAUGGAAAUCGUUUUAAACAAAGAGUCACAUAGGAAAACGCCAGUGACUGUAGCUCUGAAAGAAAAUGAGCGUCUCUUUGGCGAUAGUGCGGUGGGAAUGUCCAUAAAGAACCCGAAGAUGGCACUCAGAUAUUUUCAGGACCUGCUGGGUAAACACAUAGAUAACCCCCAAGUGACACUGUACCGUUGGCGCUUUCCACAACAUGAGCUGGUAAAGGACGAGAGGAGACAGACGGUUAUCUUCAAACUGUCCCAUGAAACGCAGUAUUCUCCAGAAGAGAUACUGGGCAUGGUCCUGAACUAUUCACGUGGUCUGGCUGAGGAAUUUGCAGAACAACCUGUAAAGGAUGCAGUGAUCACCGUCCCUGUAUACUUCAAUCAGGCAGAGAGGAGGGCAGUCCUGCAUGCAGCUCAGAUGGCAGACCUGAAGGUCCUGCAGCUGAUCAAUGACAACACUGCUGUGGCUCUGAACUAUGGGGUCUUCAGGAGGAAGGACAUCAAUGCCACAGCACAGAAUAUCAUGUUUUAUGACAUGGGAGCAGGAAGCACCGUGUGUACAAUAGUGACUUAUCAGACAGUGAAAACCAAGGACUCGGGGACCCAGCCUCAGCUGCAGAUUCAGGGGGUCGGAUUCGACCGCACCCUAGGGGGAUUGGAGAUGGAGCACCGGCUCCGGGAUUACCUGGUGAAACUCUUCAACAAGCAGCAGCCUUCAAAAGAUGUACGGCAGAAUCUCCGGGCCAUGGCCAAGCUGCUAAAGGAGGCCAACCGCCUGAAAACUAUCCUGAGUGCGAAUGCUGACCAUGUGGCCCAGAUUGAGGGGCUAUUGGAUGAUGUGGACUUCAAGGCCAAGGUCUCCAGGCAAGAGUUUGAGAACUUGUGCUCUGACUUAUUCCAGCGGGUUCCGGGGCCUGUGCUACAGGCGCUGAGCAGCGCAGAGAUGAACCUGGAUGAAAUUGACCAGGUGAUUCUAGUGGGAGGUGCCACCCGAGUCCCCAAAGUGCAGGAGGUUUUGCUGAAAGCUGUGGGCAAAGAUGAACUGGGGAAGAACAUCAAUGCAGAUGAGGCUGCUGCUAUGGGUGCAGUCUACCAGGCGGCUGCUCUGAGCAAAGCCUUUAAGGUCAAGCCCUUCAUUGUUCGGGAUGCAGCUAUUUUCCCCAUCCAGGUGGAGUUCACUCGCGAAGUUGAGGAGGAGGAUAAAUCCAAGAGCUUGAAGCACAACAAGCGAAUUUUGUUCCAGCGCAUGGCACCAUAUCCACAGCGCAAGGUCAUCACCUUCAACCGCUACACAGAUGACUUUGAAUUCUAUGUCAACUACGGAGACUUGGCUUUCCUGAGCCAGGAUGACCUGCGAGCCUUUGGGUCCUUGAAUCUCACCAUUGUGAGGCUGAGAGGAGUAGGGGAUAGUUUCGGGAAGCACUCAGAUUAUGAGUCCAAAGGCAUCAAAGCUCACUUCAAUAUGGAUGAGAGUGGAGUCCUUAGCCUUGACCGGGUGGAGUCUGUGUUUGAAACUGUAGUGGAGGACAAACCAGACGAGGAGUCAACAUUAACAAAACUUGGAAACACAAUUUCUAGCUUGUUUGGAGGAGGAGGUCCUACACUGGAAACAGGAGAGAACCAGACAGAGAUUGUUCAGGAGGAAGAGGAGAGCCAGGCAGAAACAGGAAAAGAACAAGGGGAGAAACCAGACCAGAAGGAGGGAGAAGGGACAGUGAGCGAGGAGCAGGGGGAAGAAAAGCAGCAGCCAUCUUCAAUGCAGGAUAAAGCAGAAGCUGUCCCUCCAGAAGCAGAGAGUCAGGAGGAAGGAGAAAAAACAGCAUCUCAGGAUCCCAAAGAAAGGGAAGAAUCCAGGAAAGAGGAAGAAAUGUCCAAAAGUCCUGGUGACAGCACAGCCACCAAAGUGGAAGAGAAAAAACCCAAAGCUCCCAAGAAGCAGAAACUUGUGGACGAGAUUAGUGUGGAGUUAGGUGUCAGUGAUGUGCUUGACCUGCUGGAGGAGGAGUUGAAGAGCUCAGUGAAGAAACUCCAGGAUCUGACAGUCAGAGACUUAGAGAAGCAGGAGAGGGAAAAGUCAGCCAACAGCCUGGAGGCAUUCAUCUUUGAGACCCAGGACAAGCUUUACCAGGAGGAAUAUCAGUUUGUCUCAACGGAGGAGCAGAGAGAGGAAAUCUCAAGAAAGCUCAGUGAGGCCUCCAACUGGAUGGAGGAGGAGGGCUAUAGAGCCACGACAAAGGAACUGAAAGAGAAGCUCUCGGAAUUGAAGAAACUCUGCAGGAGCCUUUUCUUCCGUGUGGAAGAAAGAAGGAAAUGGCCAGACCGCCUGAAUGCCCUCGAAAAUCUGCUCAAUCACUCCAGCAUCUUCCUCAAAGGAGCACGAAUGCUUCCAGAGGCCGAUCAGAUAUUCACAGAGGUGGAACUGAGUACCCUCGAGAAAGCAAUCAUUGAAACUGCGACUUGGAAAAAUGAGACACUGGCAGAACAGAAUAAACUUCCUCCCACUGAGAAGCCCACCCUGCUGUCCAAGGACAUAGAGCUGAAGAUAGCAGCCCUGGACAGGGAGGUGCAGUAUCUACUGAACAAGGCUAAGUUUGCAAAACCCAGACCCAAGAAGGAAAAGAACACCACAAAAACUGAUUCAGUCAAGAAUGCCACAGCUCCCCCUGACAGCGAGAAGGCUAUCCCUCCCAAGGAGGAGAAAGGAGAAGAUAAACCUGAAGAUGUCAGUCCAGUCAGGGAACCUCCCAUAGUCGAGGAAGCAACACUAGGUGAUCAGUCUGGACCAGACACAGAACCUGAGAGUGAGAAGCCAGAUGCUAGAGAAGAGAGCAGGACGAACGAUGAGUUAUAACGUCCCUUGAAAUUUCUUCUAGCAUCACAUCUAUUUAUUUAACAGGGUUUUUUUUUUUUUAUAAUGGACCCAUUUAGUUUCAUGUUAAAUGGAACAUGACAAACAGGCUGACAACAAAAUGCAAUAGAGAUGUACAUUUUCCCCCCCCCCCCCCCCCGCUGGAAGUUUCACUGUUAAUUUUAGUGAGUGAGUUAUUUUUGUCUUUUCAUGUGUUUAAAGAUGCCAUGUGCUCACUGAAGACUCUGACUGAGUUCCAGUACAGUCCAACUGAAGUCACCAGAAGUGGCUUUUUUGUAGAUUAAAACAGUACCAAAAAAAAGCCUGUAAAAUUUAGGAAAUAAUUUGGCAUGAACACUCUGGAGCCGUGCCUCAUCUGGUGAGGAUGAAAGUGUUACAGUAUCCCAGAAACAUGUCAUGGAGUUGUUGUGAGAGAUACUGAAUUAAGGAAACAGGAUGCUGUGGCCAACAGGAAAUAUAUUCUCAUUUUAAUGCAUGGGGAAGUGAAAUGGAAUUUGGUGGGGAGGGAUGAUCCAUGCCUUAGGGUGAGGAUUUCUGUUCAUUUUUCAUUAGACUAGUGCUGCUAAAGCCAUCUAUUUGCCCUUAGUUCUGUCAGGCAGAAUUUGACAUCAGGGAAUAGGGACCUAAACUUUGGUUCAAAGUUUAAAUAUAAAAUAAAAGGACCAUAAAUUGCUAUUUGGGACACGAAACAUAUGCAAGGAGAGUAUUUGAGGGUGAAUCUCUGACUGCAACCAGAACAGCACAUGGGAAUAGGUUCUAGAGGAGGAGGCACAGAAUGAUGAAAACUGGAAAAUAUAUGCUUGGUAACCUCCUCCCCCAGUGUCUUGUGAAAUCAGACUGGCUUUGUUGUGAAACCUCGUCUUCAGCGAUGGUCUCAUAUCUUUUUGGAAACAUUCAUGCUGCUAAAACACACCAGUGAGAUCCUGAUCUACUUCAUAUACAAACCCUUGUGAAUGUGCAUCUGACAUUGGUUUCCAUGGGCCUAUUCAACCAAAAUAAAAAAUACUCUUCCUGACAA